CGCGACGCUUCAGUUUGACCCGCACACUCGUUGCAAUUGGUUGUGUCGCGUUAACGAUGAAGUUUUCGUAUGACAAUACAAAAAUUACUUUACUCACCCGGUGAGCAAGAAAAUUUCGUGUUUGAUAGAAAAAACAAUAGACAUUAAUCAAUAAACAAUAAUCAGUUUACAAAUAGACAGCGAUUAUACACUCAGUUAUUAAAGUGUUUGAAGCACGUGUUUUCUUCUCCAUGCUUCAGAAAAGCGAUAAAAAAUACCUAAAGGAAUUUUAUAUUCAACUGAUGCCAUUAAUCGUUCAAACGGAAUAAACUAUCGUUAAAUGUGUGAAUUUACUUACUAAAUAAUUCGAUUUUUAAAAGAUAUCAGUUUUGUGCAUUGAAUACGUUAGAAAUUUAGAGUGUUAUAUAUACAUUGACGAAUCGAGAAAACGCUUAAAAAGUGAUACAAUAAACGUCUCGGGUAGCUCAACGUUUAUCUAGUAGCUAUUCAAAAGAACGCAAAACGGAUAUUAGAAACGAAAGAUUACAAGAAUGAAGCUCUUCAAGAGGCUGAGGGAAUAAUGUAUGGUGCAGGCAUAGCUGGGUAAAGAAGAAGUGUACUGUCGGCAUAUAUUCAACUGCGUAAAAUUAGAAGAGGGACGACCAAGUGGCUCAAAAGAAAAACUACGCGAAAAUGGAUCUCCAAGAGGAGGAAAAUAAUGAAAUUGUAGGAGCACAGCACUCACAUCAUACGCACUAUAUCAACUAUGGAAAGCACGAUUCAAACGGAAACGGAAGAGGUGGAAUCCGUGGAAAUGGAGGUGGUGUAAGCAACGAUGGAGGCGAAAGGAGAAUGGUGGACAUUACUAGAGAUAAGCCGAUUAAAGUUGCUGUUAGAGUACAAGUUCCCGUUCGUGAUCAUCCGAAGUUUAACUUUGUGGGAAAACUCUUGGGACCAAAGGGAAAUUCCCUAAAGCGAUUGCAGGAAGACACAAUGUGCAAAAUGGCUGUGCUUGGACGUGGAUCCAUGAAAGAUCGACAAAAGGAAGAGGAACUGCGAGUAAGCGGAGAUCCAAAAUUUUCGCAUUUAAUGGAAGAUCUACAUGUUGAAAUUUCGGCUUACGCAACGCCUGCAGAAGCUCAUGCAAGAAUUGCAUACGCAUUAGCAGAAGUUCGAAGAUUUCUAGUUCCGGAUUACAAUGAUGAUAUUAGACAGGAGCAAAUGUGGGAGAUGCAAAUUUUAAAUACUCAAAAUCGAGAGGGAUCUCAAGCAGUAGAAGCUCCAUUAAGUCCAGCAUCAAGUUUAGAAGCUGCUAGUUCGCCAACUGCAGCCACUACGGCUAACUCAAUUGAUGGACAAGACGACACUCCUAGUAGGCCAACACCUUCACCGCCAAAUCCAGCAGCACUAAAAACCCAAGGUACGGUGCUGCAAACUUCUACUUCUACUCUAGGUGGACGAAAGCGACCCCUGCUUCCAGGUGGAAGGCCUGCAAUGUCACCUACAAAAAGAACGGUUAUGUCUCUUCUUGCUAGAGCUCGUGCAGCGCAGAACAAAGAACCACUACAAACUACAGCAUCCAUAAUUGCUACGACACAUACGCAACCCACUGCACCUUUAAUACAAGCUUCGCUUCAACUUCCGACUGCUGGACUUCAAUCUACAACACAAACUUCCCAAAUAAGUAAUGUUGGCAAUCCUCAGAUUUCUCAACUGCAACUUGCUCCUCAGUCAGUUCCGCCACACACUGCUGUAACACAACGUCAAACCAUUCUACAAUCUCACACGCAACAUCAAGUUUUGUCACCAGCCAUUCACGGUUUAUUACAUACGCAGAGAGCAGCUGCAGGGGCGACAGUGGUUCCAAUUCUUCGCGAGGAUUUCAUGGCAGGAAUUAAUCAACAUCACGUUCAGAAUGUUCAUAUAGCGUGAAGAAAUAGCUUCAUCUAAAAGACAAAACACUAAGAGAAUAGUUAAUUGUUUAUGAAAAUGUUUAUAUAAAGAAACUCACAUAUUAACAAUUUUAUCAACGUUAAAAUUUUUAUUUUAAUAAUUAUAUAAUAGAAAAUAAACUAAAGUAGAUAAUAAUUUAUUUCUUUUGUUAAAAAUAAAAUUGUCUGUAUUAUUUAUUUAAUCAAUAAUCAACUUUAUUAUGAAUGUUUAAAGUUUAAAAUCAUAUAUAAUAUAAGUAAAAGGCGUUUCAUAAUCUUAUUAAUUAUAAAUUUGUAUGCCUAAAUUCUCAUAGUGCUCACUAUCUUUUGCAAGAUAUAAUAUAAAAGUCUAUAGAAAAUAGAAUACAUUCCAAUAAAAAAUCAUGUAAUAUAAAUUAAAAAUAAACUUCUUUAACUUUAGGGUAAUUAUCCUAGAGAAAAUGAUUUCUUUGUUUUAUAAUAAGACAGAGAAUGGACUUUUUUCUUAUUUAAUAUCUUAAAGAAUGUAGUCAAAAAAUUAAAUGCUCAAAAAGUAGCCAAAAAAUUAUAUAAUUUAAAUUUGACUGGGGGUACUAAAAUAACUAAGGCAGUCUAGGGUUAACUACACUUAUUAAAUAAUCAAUUUUGAUUCUUUAUAAAUUUUAAUUUGAUUUCUCGAAAAAGUUAACAAUAUAACAUGGAUACGAUAAAUGCUAAGUUAAUAAAAUUCUUUAAUGCCUUUUAUUCCUACUAUAUAUGCUAAAAACUUCAAAUAUUUAUAAUAUUAAUAAAUUUAGAAACUUUCUUUUACAGUAAGUAUUAUUUAUUUGUUGUUUUUAAGUUGAUUAUAUUUAUUUUAGAAAGAAAGAAAUUUUUACAGUUUUGUAGUAAGAUAAUUAUACUAAUUAUUUUGAUAAAUUUCAAUUAUUGAUUUUUCCUUGCAUCUCUUUAUUCUACAAAGAGAUACAGAAAAUUGUAGACAUUAAGUUUUAUAAUAAUAAUAAUAAUAAUAAUAAUAAUGAUCUAAAUUAUUUUAUGUUAUGUUAAUCUACAGGAUAUUAUAUCGAAUCUUAAAAGCGUUAGAGCUAAUUUCCUUUUAUCUGUAAGAAUUGUCAGAUCUUACAUAUCUUUAAAUAUCUUGUCCGAAAAUUUAGUAAAUAAUAAAUGAUUUUUUAAAUAACUCACUCAUAUGGCCAUAAAAGCACAAUAUGUUUUCAAUUAAAAAAUUAAUUUUCAAUGUCUACUUGAAUUUAUUCUUCAUGCAAAGAAAAAAUUUAUUCUUAAGAUGUACUAAAGUAAAAAUAUUCAUUUUAGAAAAUGAUAAUCUUUUCACUAUAUACAACGAAAUUAAAACAAAAGUAAUAUACGAAAGAAAUCCAAAAUUCCAUAAAAACAGGUAGUAUUAUAAUAGCUUGUAUGUAUAUAAUUAAUAUAGGUAUAAGCUUAUGUCUAAAUAUAACAAAGUUCUGUUUGUGACACGACUAUUGUAUCAUUGCGACU